AUGGGUUAUUUCCGAGUGUUAGCUUUGGAAUACACAGCCAGGGGUAUUACUGUCUCUCUCGUCUGUCCAUCGUUGACAUUUGCUCCGAAUAAUGUAUUGAAUGCGUUCUCUGGCCAACUUGCAAAGACAAACGGCGAAGUGCUGACAGAAGCAACCACGGCGCACAUGUCAGCAGCCCGUUGUGCUCAGCUAAUCCUGUUGGCCGCUUCAAAUCGCAUUUCUGAAUGCUGGCUCAGUCAAACAGCCCCGAUUUUGUUGAUGUGCUACUGCAGUAUUGUUAUGCCCGGGAUCACGAAUAGGGUCAUUCAAACGAUAGGUAUUGAUCGAAUAAAAAAUAUUCGAACUGGAAGCCAAAGUAAUUGA